AUGUCUGGAGGCGUGGGCCCGACGGCGGGGGGCGGCAUCAUGCUGCCGUCGAUGGGGCAGCCGCCGCCGCCGCUGCACCCGGAGCCCACCUCGCCGACGGCGCGCCCGCACCACCACUACUACCUCUUUUCCAUCAAGCAGCUCAACACGUUGGGCGCGGCCGCCGUGCUGGCCUUCUCCACCACCGUGCCGCUCUCGGAGAUCGCCUUCGCCGUCCUGCUCCUCCCCUACCUCCUCUUCCUCGCGUCGUUCGCCUUCCCGCAGCGCCCCGGGAAGCCCAACCCGUCCGCGCCCGUCUUCCUCGGCCCCGCGCGCCUCCUCCUCGCCACGCACACCGUGGGCGGCUUCCUCGUCGGCGCCGCGCUCCCGGCGCUCUACAUCCUCGACGGCCUCCGCUCCGGGGACACCACGGGCAUCGCCGCCGCGGCCCCGCACGCGUUCCUGCUCUCCGCGCAGGUCUUCACCGAGGGGCUCACCGCCGCCUUCCCGUGGCGGUUCUCGCUCCCCGUCAGGGCCGCCGUCCCGGUGAUGUACAGCGUCCGCAGGAUGUUCGCGGCCGGGGAGUGGCUCCGGCAGGAGAUGGAGGAGAAGCGCGGCGGCCCCGGCGUGGCGGAGCGGCGCGUGGUGGCCGGGAGGGUGCUCGCGCUGGCCAACAUGGCCUUCUGGGGCGCCAACCUCUUCGCCUUCCUCCUGCCCUUCUACCUGCCCAGGGCGCUCCAGAGGUACUACUGCGACGACGGCGUCGACCGCACCAACGGCGAUGGCCACGCCCACGAAGAUAAGAAGGAUUCCUAG